AUGUCUCCGGCCAACAUCAUCAACGGCACCGCCACUGACGCCAACGGUGUCCCCGUGCACGGCGGCUCAAUCUCAUCCGCCGGAUACGGAUUCGGCACGCUGGCUAUUCAUGCCGGCUCCGCGCCUGAUCCAGCGACGGGCGCCGUCAUCCCGCCACUGUCACUGUCGACAACAUUCAAGCAGCGUGCGGUAGGCGACUUUGUCUACGAGUACUCGCGCUCGGACAACCCUAACCGGUCGAGCCUUGAGACAGCUAUCGCAGCGCUGGAGCACGCCAAGCAUGGCUUUGCGUUUUCGUCGGGCUCAGCAACCACAGCGACCAUUCUCAACACGUUGCAGCCAGGGUCGCACGUCAUCAGCGUCAACGAUGUGUACGGCGGCACCCACCGGUACCUGAACAAGGUUGCUGGAAGUCUGGGCGUCGAGACUACCUUUGUUGAUCUGGAGAACGUGAACAACCUGCGCGAUGUGAUCCGCGAAAACACACGGCUAGUGUGGAUCGAGACACCAACCAAUCCGACAUUGCGUCUUGUAGACAUUGCCGCUGCCGGCCUAUUUGUCGUUGUGGACAACACGUUCUUGUCGCCGUAUUUCCAGACACCCCUGGACCUGGGAGCCGACAUUGUCGUGCACUCGGCAACCAAGUACAUCAAUGGGCACUCGGACGUUGUGCGCUUCCUGCAGAACGCUAUUGGCGCUGUCCCCUCGCCUUUCGACUGUUACCAGGCCCAGCGCGGUAUCAAAACACUUCACCUGCGCAUGCGCCAGCAUGCCCUGAACGCCCAACAGGUUGCCGAGUUCCUUGAGGCGUCUCCCGAGUUUGUCGACAACGUUAUUUAUCCUGGCCUCAAGUCGCACCCCCAGCACGAGCUGGCCAAACAGCAGAUGCGCGGGUUCGGCGGCAUGGUAUCGUUCCGCAUCAAGGGCGACACGCAUACUGCAGACCGUUUCCUGCAGCGCACCCACCUGUUCACGCUGGCUGAGAGCCUGGGCGGCGUUGAGAGCUUGGCUGAGUUGCCGGCGCGCAUGACCCAUGCCGGUUUGGCUCCCGAGGAGCGCCUCGAGCUGGGCAUCACUGAUAACCUCAUCCGCCUGUCUGUCGGUGUGGAGGAUGCGGAUGAUCUCCUUGCCGAUAUUGCCCAGGCUCUUAGGAGCGCUGUUGCUGAGAACUAA